UCUUUCUGUUAGUUGUUUUAUACUCUUGGCUUCCGUUUCACUGUUGUCAAUAUUUAGUUUUGAGUUUUGACUUUAGUGGUUUUAUUUUUCUCAAUGAGUUUGGGAGGGGUGUAUAGUGCGUGUUUUUGUCUUCCUGCAUGUUCAAAUUUUUUUUUAAAAGGAAUUAAUGUUGUUUGCUUUUCAAUAGUACACUUAUAAAAUAUGUUUACAUCAUUAUCAGAUAUAAAGUGUAUUUCUAGUGUUUUUUAUGCGAAUUUAAUAAUUAAUUGAAUGUGAGUGUCGAGAAUCAUGCAAAAUGGCCAACGAUUUCUGGUGUUGUACCUGUUGUUCGGAAGCUUUGACUUGUUGGCUACGCCUCAAGUUGUCCCCAGAGGAGAUAGAGCAGAGAUAUAGAAGUAAGGAGAUAGACAGAAUACUAGAAAAGGACAAGCAGGCACUUCGUCGGCAAGUUAAACUAUUGCUUCUCGGUGCGGGUGAAAGCGGAAAAUCAACAUUCCUCAAACAGAUGAGGAUAAUACACAAAGUGAAGUUCGAGCCGGAACUUGUGCGCGAGUAUCAGCAUGUGAUAUACCAAAACAUUGUCAAAGGUAUACAAGUGUUAGUGGAUGCUAGAGACAAACUUGCUAUACCCUGGGAAAACCCAAGGAAUCUGGACAUUGGUCAGCAAGCAUUGCAUUUCGAUAGUUCAGCAUCACUUCAUAGCGGAUUGUUUAUGCAUUAUGCACCUCAUAUUCAUUCCUUGUGGUUAGAUAGGGCCAUAAAGAGGGCUUAUGACAGGAGGAGGGAAUUUCAACUGAGCGAUUCCGUCAGUUACUUCUUCGGUGAGCUGGAGCGCAUAGCGCGGACCGACUAUAUCCCCUCGCACCAAGACAUCCUGCACUGCCGGAAGGCCACCAAAGGCAUCACGGAGUGCACGAUCGACAUCAACAAUGUGCCCUUCGUGUUCGUCGACGUCGGAGGCCAGCGGACGCAGCGCCAGAAGUGGACGCAGUGCUUCGAGUCGGUCACCUCGAUACUGUUUCUGGUCUCCUCGUCGGAGUUCGAUCAAGUGUUGUCGGAAGAUAGGAAAACGAAUCGCCUCGAAGAAGCGCUCAACAUAUUCGACACGAUAGUGAACAACAUCAACUUCAAAGGCAUCUCUAUUAUCCUGUUCCUCAACAAAUCGGACUUGCUGGCGAGGAAGGUCGCAAGCAAGGAGACUGAUAUCCGCUGGUACUUUCCACACUUCGUGGGCGAUCCCCACAACCUUCGCGACGUCCAAAUGUACAUCCUUAACAUGUUCGCGAACGUUCGCAGAGAACCAAAGACAACGCUCUACCAUCACUUUACAACGGCCAUCGACACGCACAAUAUCGAGGUCGUGUUUAAUUCCGUCAAAGACACUAUCUUUAAUCGUAAUUUAGAAUCAUUGAUGCUGCAGUGACGUAGACGAUCUAAAAUAUAAUUGACUCAAAUGUGAUAGUUCAAGAUUGAGUGAUGGCGGGUGAAUAGUUAUAUAAUAUAAUCUGUUGUAUAAUCUGCAUAAUAAGUAGCAUAAAAGACAAAGAUAUGUGAUUUGUUAAUGCGCCUUUAAAUGGCCUCAAUUCGUCGACAUAAAAUACAAGUUAAAUGCGACAGUCUUUUAGGUAUGUAAUGAAGGAUAAUAUAACCUGAGACAAAAGAGAAAAUGGCGCCAUAAAUCAAUCAUUCUCUCUCACACCCUAUGGGUGUAGCACAGCGUGCAACAAAAAUCAGUAAUGAAUAAACGACGAUUUUAGACCAUUCGAGAUACGAAGUGGAAGUGAAAGUUGUAAUAACUUUUUUGUUAACUGUACUGCUGUAAUUGGUUGCUUGACUGUUUUUCAAAAAGUGUCUUAAAAUUUACAAUUAUUAAUAUCAUCACAUCAAUUUAAAAUGUUGCGCGCAAACAGUCAGUCACAUGACAUUUUGAUUGAUGACGUCACAUUACAGCAAACAAGAAAAUGCUCUUCUAUACGGUACUAAGAAAAGAUGAAGAGUAGAUAUUUGAUAUAAUGUGACGUCACGCACAACUGACAACAUGGCCGCCGCGUUUAGGUCUAUAUUAAGUAUUUUCACAAUUAUUACAUUUAAAAUAUUUUCAAUUUACAGUUUUUUAAAAGAAAUGUUUUAAAAUUAUUGUUCAGUUAUAAUGUAUCAUAUUAUAUAUUUCAUAUUUUACUGUAACAUUUGUGAAAUAACCGGUUGCAAGUUCCGCCAUUUUAAAUUAUUGUCUAAAGGCUAUAUGAAGUUGACCAUUUUUACUUAUCACAACAUAUUGUGCUUAUAACUUUCAAAUAACUAAUUGAUUGUCUUGACGUGUAUUUUAUGUUGCUUAAUCGAUAUUUGUAAACGUAUACUUAUAAUAAUAAGUACUUACUUAUAUCACUUAUUCUUACGAUAAACUUUGUAUAUCAGUAUAUUAUAUUGUAUGACCAAAUAUGUAGAUUUUGCACUUGAUAAAUGUCGUUACUGUUCACUUUUGGAUAAAUUUACGAUUCUAUACGCUUUGUACAAGAUUCAUUUGGAGCUUGGGCAGUGCAAGAUUUUUUUUUAAAUACUAACUGAUUUUGAAAAAAAUAUACUUCAACAGUUCUUUGGAAAUGGGCAUUUAUAGCUUUUGUAUUUUGUAUUUUUAUACAAAUUUCUAUCAAAUUUUUUGGAGUACCCUCAAAAUUAUGAUAAAUACGUGCCAACUAGUAAGAUUUUAUCGUUAGUAGAAUAGAAGUUUAUAUUAAUUUAUAGGUACAAUUUAAAGCUCUUAAUACAAUUCAUAUUGUAUCAAUACCUAAUUAUUUAGGUACUGUAAGAGUGUUUAUUUUUGGCGAUAGGAGUCUUAUUUUAGUCCAAAAUUGGAAGCGAUAUAUCUUGCAUAAAUUUUUAUGUUAGUAGCACAGUUUGCUAACUUUAAUAGUCUGAAAAGUAUGUCGCUAACAUGUGUUGAUAUUUGGAGAAAGGGCAGUAAAUAUAUCGUUUUUAGUUUUGGGCUAAAGUUACCCCCAGGGCCAAGUAAAGUAAGUAGACCACUAUUACUAUUCUCUUCUUUUCGAAUAAUUAAACGUAUGAUUGGUUUAAGUACAGCAUACAAAAUAAUAGUUUACAAGCAGUUUAAACAAUUCAUGAUCGAGACGUCUGUACCGCGGUAGAUAUGGAUUAAGACUGACAAUUGUGUACAGUUCAAAACAUCAAUGUAAUCUUGUCUUGCAAGUUUUUUUCAGCACUCUCACAUUUCACAGAAGCAAAAUACAAAUUGAAUGAAAAAAUCAAACCACUCUUUUUUUUUAUAAAUGGUAUUGUUAUUGAUGUUAACAGUCAUAAUAUGAAUUUGGAUUGUCAUAGAGUGUACCUGUAGUACAUAUUAGUAGUUAUUAUAUAGGUAACACAUGUACUUGUUCGUUUUUUAUUUUGUUUGCACAACAUGUAUGUAUAAAUAAUCCAUAAUGAGCACAUCUAGAUUUCCAAGGGAUAAUAAUUAUCAUAAGGUGUUAUGUAACAUCAGAAGAAGCAGUUAACGGAACAGCAAUAAGGGCCAACAAUAAAUUACGUCACACGAAUUAAAUGAUUAUUGACCCCUCCUUCGUCUUUGUCACAAGUGUGUCACACUUACCUGGUGGGAUGCAUAUUUGAUAUUUUUUUUAAAUAAAACUGUUCUUAAGUUAGGUUUAUUUCCAUCUAAAUUCAGUUAAAAUCAUAAAACAGCAGAACUUAGAUAAGAACGAUAUUUAAAAAUUUGUCAACAAAACACAUUAACCUUCAUAUUCUUUCAGACAGACUAUUUUAUUAGGUAUGCAUUUCAAAAUUUAAUGUUGUAAUGUAAAUAAUAUACUAAAAUAUGUUGUCACAAAAUUUGUGACCCCUCCCCAUGUCACACAAUGUCACGCUUAGUCGACUUAAGACGUGUGACGUAUUUUAUGGAUGACCCCUAACUUGCUGGUCAUUAUUAAAAUCGUGUUUAACAUUUCGUAUACAAUACAUGUGCGCAAAUAUUAAAUAAGAUUGAUGUACUCGUGUGUACUGAACAUAGCAUGGCUUUAUUGCACAAUUUAAUGAACUAUAUAGAAGACUUAUAUAUCCUGUAGUGGGAGUAAAACGGUAGUUAUGCGUAGGCUGUAAACAGCGAGAGCACUUUAACACCCGUAUUCACAAAUGCCUGUCUACUAAAUAUAUUGCAUAUAAUGACAAGAUUUUGAUUUAAGAAUUGAAUUUGAAUACUGCGCCAUGAUUGGUCAGUGUUUAAACUGAUCCUCAAUUAGUUGACAGAUGUCAUUCAGCCUUUGUUGGCGGGUAAUAAAAGUAAUGUAUCAAUGAGAGCCUAAUUAUUAUAAUGUCUGAAGUGUUUUUUCUUUAAUUUUUCUUGUGUUAUGCGUUGCAAGUAUGCCUUUACUUUAAAAAUUCGUAGUAUUGUUCGUGAAUACGGGUUUAUUACUCUUUUCUUAUAGCAGAGCCGAGACGAAACAUACUUUGAUUUAUUUUUGUGAAUAUUUUAAACAUCCUCUCAAUAUUUUUAGUGAUGUUACAUUUAAACGAUACUUUUACAGGUUUAAUACGAAAAUAAGAACCUAUACGGCAAUUGAUUUUUUGCACAACUAUCUUUAGUUGUAUAACAAUUAUUAUGAGGUAACGGUACAUACAAACUUUCCGACUCCCUUAUAUAUGUUGACUUUUAAUUGUUUACUCAUCCUUUGUCUCGUUUUCACGAGAUGGUGUGUGAACAAGAGGGGCGCCGACGCCAUUUUGAAUCCAUUUUGAGUUAUGGAUGUUUAUAUGUACUUAUUUAUGUUUAUACAGUUUGGGGCCAUCCAUAAAAUAGGUACGUCACACGAUAUUCGUGAUUUUUUGUAAACAAAUCAAAUUAAAUUAAACUUCGAUAACAACGAUUUUAAUUCUAUACCGUGUCUGAACCCAGCAGGGGAGCACGAAAAUAUGUCGAUGUCAAGACAACAAUUUUUGUGCGAUUUACAGACCUAUGUAAUGGCGCGAGAAACCCAAUUUUUGUUUUUGGGGGGCGAUAGUUUAAAAGUACGGCAUGAGCGGAGAAACCUGGCCGGGACGUGAAAGCCUACGAGACUGAGGAGCUCAGAAGAUGUCAGCUCACCAGUACAUAUCUUCUUUAAUAUUACACAGUCUCUUAUAGUGCGGUGCUGACAUAGCUGAAGAAAGUUAUAUGGAAGCAACAAACCAUUGUAGUGAGCUCGGUUUCCUUUUACACGAUAAUAUAAUGUGCGUAAGAACUUUUUUUGAACAGUCUCUACUCUUUUUUCGUGGAUCGAGUCGAAAGGAUUCCAUAUUGGGCUUGCGUAUUCUAAGCUUUCCCGACUCUUAACGUGUGACUAUGACGUGUAAUUUAUGGAUGGCCCCUUUAGGGCAAGAUAUUUGUAUGAGGUUCUGUCAAUAUUAUUAUUUAUAAGGAUGUUUUGAAAACAGAAAUAGAUUGAAGUAGUUUUUACUCGGCUCCUAAGUGGUUCGAGCGAGAAGAAUGUUACGAAGUUACUACGUAGAAUGCGUGUGCCUCAUAUAUAGGGUCGAGCUAUUAGAUGUAGUAUUUUGAUACAUUUAAUGUUUGUAGAUUCGCUACUAACGAAUGAUUCGUUUCACAAAAUUAUAGAUUUCGAUUAGGUAAUGUCAUAAUAAGUAAAUAUAGAGUUGAAUGAAGAGGUUUUUAGGCAUCCGUAGUUAACAUUGGACACAUGGUAGACUUAGUGUAUACUGGCGUAGAGACUACCUUACAGCCCGAUAUUUCGUGACUUUGAUCUGUCUAUGUGUGCGUUAGCUAGUUAAAUAUUUAAAAUACUAAGGAGCUAAAUUGCCAAGCAUGGCUGACUGUUUACGACUUGUCACUCAAAAUAGGUUACAGUAACUACUGUUGUUAGAUUAGAUUCGAUUUCCUUUUCUAUCUUGCUCUCCGAAUCUCCGUUAGAGAUAUUCUGCUCUCUCGCAAGGUUUGUUUGUCUAUACGUUAGUAUAUUGUAAGUCUAUGGAUACACACCCUUAUUGAUUAAUGAAAAGGAGUUUUGUUUAAGAUCAUUUUAAUGAGACAGCUCAGAAUUAUUGUGGAACGCUAUCUCUCUAUUUUUAUAUCAACAAUUAAUGCUAUGGCAAUAUUUAAAAUAGGAGAAUGAUGAUUUUUUAAAAUCUAUUUACUCUACAAUAAAGGUUUCAUUUACACAAUAAUAAACGCAAUAACAAGUAACUCUUAAGUUUAAAAUUACUUCUCCGUGUCAUGUAAUUCUGUAGUGAUAAAGGUAAGAUAAAGACAAAAAGAUUCAAAUUUGUAAUAAUUUUACUUCGCGUUUAUUAAUAACACAGCAACUAUUUAGUUUUCCCCCUUCUUAAAUGCUCAAACGUUAUUGAAAUAUGUCAUUUAUUCUCAUCAUCAUCAUCAAAUAAAUUCCGUCCAUUGGAAAAUAGAAAUGGUUUCAUACAAAUCAAAGUCUUGAAUAUUUCGAUAUUUUAGUUUUUUGAUUCUCCUCGUUCGAAGCGGUCACAACAGUGUAACAUCAGUUCGGUCAGUGUUUCCCAAACAUUAUUCUGCCAUGUCGCGUUAAUUUUCACCUUGCCCCUUCCCGACGCACUUAAUACUUUUAAACCCAAGCUAGGUUCCAUUAUGUAAAUAAAAAGUGUGUGUGUACUUAUGUAUGCACGCAAGAAGUUAUACUUCUUUGGCCUAACAAACCAAAAAUGAUUAAAAUUAUUUAUUCCUCAUGCUAUUCUACAUUUGUAGAAAGAACAAUAUUGUAAAAAUCUUGCAACGAUGGCUUUGACAAUUAAUUAUUAAAUAACGAAUACGGCUGAACGGGCUUGAACCCUUUGCCUAUCCUAAUAAUGGACGAAGAAACCAAAAAAAAAAAAAAUAACGAAUGUCGCAAACGUCUGAAAAUGUAUUGGAACCAACUUCAACCUGUUACUUUUGUAUUAUAGUGAUGCGCGCGCAUCUUAAAAUAUCACUCUCAAUUUAUUCAUAACGCGCCUAAAGAAUUUAAAUCAUAAAAAAAAUUCAAUAAUACCUACACGAUUAUUAAUAGUAAAAAGGUUAUACACAUAGUAAAAAACGGUGAUCUCACCGCUUAUAAUAUAUAAUAGAAUAUUUGGGAAACGCUGAGUUAGGUUAUUGAUACAGUGAUCUGUGGGCCUUUUUUUCUUAAAUAUUUAUUAAACAAUUCAAAACCAAUCAACAAAAUCACUGCUGCAACAGUUGGAGGUAAAAAGCUAUAGGCCGACCGUUUAUCUGAGUCCUCGCCUGCGGGGUCCAGGGGCACGGGGGUAUGUCGACAAAGGGGACUGAGACAGGUGCGG